GACACAAGCGGCUAGGAAGAAAUCAAUAUUUGGUGAUGAGGAUAAAUGAGUAAAAGCAGUGUAUACGGUACUACUAGACGAGCACGUCGAUCAAAUCAGUAUAUAAGAGUGACAUCAGAUGAUGAUGAGAGAGAAUUAGAUGAUAUUCCGUUAAUGAUAGGAGAGACAACAUUUGACAUGGAUGAUGAAAGCGAUUCUCUUGUCAGACCAAAGCGACAUCGACGUCCCAAUCAGUCAAGGCUGAGUUUUUUCUUUGAAGGUUGCUGCGGUGUUUGUGCAAGAUGUUGCCUGAAAGUUUGCAAUAGAGAAAAGACCUAUAAAUCCAGAAUUGUACCAAUUGGUUUAGAACCAAGUAAAGAUGAGAAAUUUCCAAAGAAUGUCAUCAGAAAUCAGAAAUACAGCAUAAUCACCUUUAUUCCAAAGGUUUUAUUUGAGCAGUUCAAGUUUUUCCUGAAUUUGUACUUUCUGGUUAUGGCUACAUCACAGUUUAUACCUGCCAUUAGGAUUGGUUAUCUGUACACCUACUGGGGACCACUGGGCUUUGUGAUAUUUGUGACAAUGUGUAGGGAGGCUCUAGAUGAUUACAGAAGAUACAGAAGAGAUAAAGAAGCAAAUUCACAGAAAUAUAAAAAGUUGACGAGAGAUGGACUCAUAACCAUUCCAAGUUCAGAUAUCAAAGUUGGGGAUCUUAUUCAGGUCGAAAAGGACCAGCGUGUGCCAGCUGAUAUGAUAUUUGUUAGAACUACAGAGAAACAAGGUGCAUGUUUUAUAAGGACAGACCAGUUAGAUGGAGAGACAGACUGGAAACUCAAAUUAGCCAUACAGAAUACUCAGAGACUUAUCUCUAAUGUGGAAAUAUUAGAUAUAAGAGCACAGUUGUACGCUGAAGCACCACAGAAGGACAUCCAUAAUUUUGUUGGUACAUUCCGUAGGACUGAUGGAGAAGUUUAUGAAGAUUCAUUGACUGUAGAUAAUACACUGUGGUCAAAUACAGUUGUAGCCUCAGGGACAGCAUUGGGUGUGGUCAUCUAUACUGGUGCCGAGACAAGGAGUGUCAUGAAUACAUCACAACCUCAAAGUAAAGUUGGUUUGUUAGACAAAGAAGUCAACACUUUAACCAAAUUUCUGUUUUUUGCUGUCUUAGUUUUAUCCUUUGUGAUGAUGAUACUAAAGGGUUUUGCUGGCCCAUGGUACAGAUAUUUAUUUAGAUUUGUGCUGUUGUUUUCAUAUAUUAUACCUAUCAGUUUAAGAGUCAAUUUAGAUAUGGGAAAGGCUGCUUAUUCCUGGUUCAUCAUGAGAGAUAAAAUUAUAAACGAAACUAUAGUUAGAAGUACUACUAUCUGUGAGGAGCUCGGUAGAAUUAGUUAUUUAUUAUCGGACAAAACAGGGACACUGACUCAGAAUGAAAUGAUAUUUAAGAAGUUACACUUGGGAACUGUAUCUUUUACACCAGAAACUGCUGAUGAGAUUACCCAACACCUGAACUCUAUGUUUGGACAGAAGGAGGAUCCAGGUCAGACACAACAACCUUUUCUUGGGCCAUCAAUGACACCAACUCGAGGUCCAGUGAGAAGAACGGUAGUAACUCGUGUGUAUGAAGCUGUCAGAGCUAUUGCACUGUGCCACAAUGUCACACCAGUCUAUGAGGAUGAUGAAGAUGUUAACUCUGAUGAUACAGAGGCUGACAGACAAAGUAGACAGACUGUGGUGUACCAGGCCUCUAGUCCUGAUGAGGUUGCUUUGGUGAAAUGGACAGAGAGUGUGGACCUGACGCUGGUCAAACGGGACUUGAACAGCAUGCAGCUACGAACUCCAUCAGGCAGUAUUGUCAAAUUCCAGAUUUUACAGGUGUUUCCCUUUACAUCUGAAACAAAAAGGAUGGGAAUCAUUGUCAAGGAAGAAGAUACAGGGGAAAUAACUUUCCUGAUGAAAGGAGCAGAUGUUGUCAUGACAACCAUUGUGCAGUAUAAUGAUUGGUUAGAGGAAGAGUGUGGAAAUCUUGCUAGAGAAGGACUGAGAACAUUGGUAGUUGCCAAAAAAGUUUUGACAGAAGAACAGUAUCAGGAGUUUGAGAUUCGAUAUCACCAAGCUAAGAUGAGCACACAGGACAGAAACACAAAAGUCCAGGCUGUUAUUGAGAGUCUUGAGCGUGACAUGGAGCUUCUAUGUCUAACAGGAGUAGAAGACAAGUUACAGGAAGGUGUUAGACCUACAUUAGAGUUACUGAGGAAUGCAGGCAUAAAGGUCUGGAUGUUGACUGGUGAUAAGUUAGAAACAGCCAUCUGCAUUGCUAAAAGUUCUAAACUGGUAUCUAGGACACAAGACAUUCAUACAUUUGGUACUGUUAUUGGCAGAACUGAUGCUCAUUUGGAACUUAAUGCUCUCCGACGUAAACAGGAUGCAGCUCUAGUCAUCACAGGCAACUCACUUCAGGUUUGCUUAAAGUAUUAUGAACACGAGUUUGUGGAGUUAGCUUGUCAAUGUCCCAGUGUCGUUGUUUGUAGAUGUUCUCCAACACAGAAGGCUGAUAUAGUCAAAUUAUUACGAAAUCACACAGGGAAAAGGACUUGUGCAAUAGGUGAUGGAGGGAAUGAUGUUAGUAUGAUCCAAGCUGCAAAUGCUGGUAUUGGAAUUGUUGGAAAGGAAGGUAAACAAGCCUCCUUAGCAGCUGAUUUUUCCAUUACCCAGUUUAGUUUUAUUGGAAGAUUGUUAUUGGUUCAUGGUAGAAAUAGUUACAAAAGAUCUGCAGCAUUAAGUCAGUUUGUGAUACACAGAGGACUGAUCAUAUCUACCAUGCAGGCUGUAUUUUGUGCUGUAUUUUAUUUUGCUUCUGUAGCCCUGUUUCCUGGUUUCCUAAUGGUUGGAUUUUCUACUGUCUAUACCAUGUAUCCUGUAUUUUCAUUGGUGCUUGAUAAAGAUGUAAAAGCAGAAAUUGCUAUGACUUAUCCAGAAUUGUAUAAGGAAUUGACAAAGGGAAGAUCCCUGUCAUUCAAAACAUUUUUCAUGUGGGUGCUAAUUAGUGUCUAUCAAGGUGGAAUAAUCAUUUAUGGAGCGUUGUGGUUGUUUGAAGACGAUUUUGUGCAUGUUGUGUCCAUAACAUUUACCUCCCUUAUCCUGACGGAGUUGUUAAUGGUCAGUCUUACAAUAAGAACUUGGCACUAUCUGAUGUUACUAGCAGAAAUAUUUAGUUUAUGUAUAUAUGUAGCAUCAUUGGCAGUGCUUACAUACUUUGAUUCACAUUUCUUGAAGUCGUGGGAUUUUAUUUGGAAAGUGCUAGUGAUAACUUCUGUGAGCUGUAUACCAUUAUACAUUCUUAAAUUUAUUCGAAAGAAAUUCUCACCACCUGUGUAUGCCAAACUGACUUAGAAAACAUUGAUACCAUAUUUUUUAUUUUAUUUUCACAAUAUUUUUUUCUUCAUUUUAAUCACUGACUGACAAUUAAAAAAUCUUCAUUCACUCAGAAGAGAAAUCCAGACCGAAAAUCAGCAGGAGUUUGUUUCGCAUAUUUUGUUUUUUUUUAACCUUUUUUAGUCAAACAAAGUUAACUAUGAUAAUAUUUACUCAUUUGUUUAUCAAUGAAGGAGAUUUGGUGUAUAUUUCAAUUUGGCAGCAAUUCAAUGACAAAAAAGCCAAAAAGACAUAUUUGUUUUUGUUUGUUUUUUCAAAGGCUAGCUUGUAACUUAAUAAUCAAAUCUGUUUGAAAAAAUCCUCUUAUUCUUGAAUUUAAGAUAUGAAAAAAUCUACAUUCAAUUGUGUGAUUUUUUUGCACUUUUGCUAGAAUGUCUAUUAAUAAUAUUCAAAUAAUAAAUUCUACCUUAUUUGACCUUUGAACUGUUUUGAUUCCAGUGUCACUGAUGAGUCUUUUGUAGACGAAGCAUGUGACUGGAGUACAAAAUUUUAAGCCUGGUCUCUUUGAUGAGUUUUUUUUUUUUUUGCAUUGUAACUUAUUGUGGAUGACUACUUCUUUUAACACUCCUGCCAAAAUGGCAUAAUAUGUGUAUAGAAUCAUUAUUUAUUUAAGUUAAAUUGAAUAAACAAUACAUGUGUAAUUAUUAUUAGACAUUAUUUAUUUGGUAGUGGCAACUAUAUGAUGUACUAGAUUUAAAUUUGAAAACACAUAUAAUAUUUAUCGCACAGCAAGGCAAGACUAUCUUUAGAACACUAUCAAAAGUUUGUAUGCAAUAUUUCCAGUAACCGGUGAACUCAUUGGACAACACAAUAAUGUCAUUAGAUAAGCAUUAAGUUCUUAUUAUGUGAAAGUUUUCGCAUGCAGUAAAAAAAAUUGUCAUUGUUGAAAAUUGCACCUCUUAGAAUAUUUACUGCACUCUCAGGGUCGUACAAUAUAAUAGUACUAUACAAAAUGCAUGUUAUUUCCCUGAGAUCAUUGUAUGAACAUUAUCAAAAGAUAUCAUGCAAUAUUCUAUGACAUUGCACUUGUGCAAUAAUGCUUGAAAAUGGUGACAUAGUGUUAGUGAUAUUGCAAAAGUUUAUGACCUGCAAGGAAAGAGUAUUACAUAAAUGUUUGUGAAUAUUUCCCUCUUAGAACAUUUCAAAUUACUUCUUGUGCAAUGUAAAAUUGAACAAGGGACAAAAUUCACCAAUAUUUGUGGAAUAAUUUCCAUAUAUUAUUAAAUGUUAUGAGAUGUGACUAAAAUUAGUAUACAAGGGUUCUGUAGGUGUAUUAAUAAAUCAUACUGGCACAUGGAUCUAUAUUUGCUUAUUUUCGUAGAACAUAAUUGAUAUUCAAUUAUAUAUAGUCCCAUAUUAUAAGUGAAAAUGUAAAUUUGUGUAAAACAAUUGUAGAUUUGUAAAUAUAUUUUGCCAUACAUAUGUGAUUUGUAUUUAAAGUUGAUUUUAAAGUAUGAGAGGAAUAUAUUUGUUGAUGAUUCUUUUUUUUUUAUUCAGAUAUUGUGGAUCCAUUAUUAUUUAUGGGGUACAAAUUUUUUGUUGAUUUCAUAGUUAUAUACGUGAAUCUUGAAUUUAAGAUUUCAACAAAAAAUUCAAAUCUCCUAUACCCUUAUAUGCAUGAAAUCCUGAAAUCUAGUAUCCACCUAAGUACAAGAUUUCUCUAUCCUUGAAAAUAAUAACUGUGGAUUCAUUUAGUUUAGUUGGUAUCAAUUUUCAUGGACUCGGGGGAAAAAUUGUAUUUUCGUGGAUGAUUUUUCAAAAGUCUGCAUACAAAACUAUAGAAAAUUUGUAUUUUGUUGAACAUUUAAAUUUAAGGUUCUCCUUUACCUGCAAAAAUCAGUAUCCCAGGAAUAAUGAUUAAUUCACAGUUCCAAGGGAAAUGGAAAUCUUCAGUAUUUUGCAUUUGCAGCAGGAUAUGCUUACCUUUCUGAAGCAAGUUAUGCUUACCUUUCUGAAGCAGGAUAUGCUUACCUUUCUGAGGCAGGAUAUGCUUACCUUUCUGAAUCACCUUAUAUCUUUCUUUGAUUAAAGUGGUAAGAGUGUGUUACCAAAAGUAUAACUUACCAUAGCGUUUUCAGGACCUAUAUCUCUUGGUUUGCUUAGGGCUAUUCCAGAAAAAAGAGGGUUGGAAGGCACUUUUUAUUAAUAAUAUAUGGGUGAUGGAGCAACUUUUCACAUUAUAAUGCACUACGGUUCUUAGUUACAAUUGUCUGGGUGCAGGUGCUGAAACAAACUGCCUUUCAACCCCCCUCUCCCCACCUACAUUAUUUUUCUGGAAUAGCCCUUAUCUGUACACAUGCACAGUGCUUAAUGGAUGUAUUUUAUUAACUCAAGUGGAUUUAGGCUUAGCCCAUAUAAAAAGUAUGUGUGUUUACUGUCACACAACCUACCCUUUUUUCAUCAUCAUUUUCCAUUAAGCACUAAGUCACAAUGGCUUGGUUAGUUUUCUCGUUUGAAUUGUUUCACAUUUGUCAUAUAGGGGCUUUUUAUAGCUUACUGUGCAGUAUGGUUUUUGCUCAUUAUUGAAGGCUGUAAAGUGACCUAUAGUUGUUAGCUUCUAGAUCAUUUGGUCUCUGGUGGAGAGUUGUUUUAUUGGCAAUUAUACCACAUCUUCUUAUUUUUAUAUUCCCAAUACUCAAGGUAACAUAAAAAGUACAAUAAAAAAAAAAUCCCUAUCUACCGACCCUAAUAUUUUUCAUCAUGUGACAGUGAACACAGAUAUCAUUUUUUUGCGUUUACAGAUUGCAUUGGUAAAGACUACCUGUCAGUAAGAAAUAACUUUGCACUGGAAUCUCACAUCUAGUGGAUACAUCAUAUAGGAUUUAUUGUGUGGUCAGCAUUUAUAGACAUUUUGUACUAAGAGAUAUUUCUUAUAUUUUAGUGUUGGUCUUUACAGAUACUUUGUUAUUAAAAUUGAAACCAAAAAUGUUUUCAACAGUUCCAGCUUCAGUUUUCUACUCCUUAUUGCUGUUUGCUGGGCUAAAAACGUUUUUCUAAAGCAUAGCAGGCUUGUUAUUACAUUUCCAAUAUACUUUUUAUAAGUUUUAGCUUCAAAAGCUAAGUGUGGCAUAUACUGAACAACAAAAGAAACAUUUAAAAAUCAGAUGACUAUUAAUAAAAUUAUUGAAUUGAUUUGUCAGAAAUUUUGUCAAUAACAUUAAAUUCUGUGAAAUUAAAAAAAAAUAAUUUGUUUUCCAUUUUCAAUUAUCAUAACCACACUAACACAACAACACCUCUCCCUUUAAAAGAAAACCAAACAAAUCCAAAAUACAAGAAACAAAACAAAAAUAUAAGAUUUAUACGAUAGAAAACCCAUUUUGAAAAAAAUAAGAUUAAUCUCUUGAUCUUAAUCCUAAAUUUUUUGGGUGGGGAUGUUACUUGUGAUGCUUGGUAUGUAUACUUUGUUAUGUGUUUAUUUUUAACAAACUAGUUGUUGUUAUGUGUUAGUUUAUUUUAUUGUUUGUUAUUUAUGGUUGGUUGCAUCAAGUGCUACAUGUAAUGAUCAUUCAAAUGGUAUUUCUGUUUCAUUAAAUAUUAUUUAUGGUUA